AGGGGAUGGCCAUGCCGGCGCCUAUGUCCUGGGUGUGGGAAAGGUUUCGCAGCUCCUUCCGCGGCCUCCACUCUUCCGACACUGAAACAGACGAUCGCUCUGACGACGAGACCGCCAGGCCCUCUCACCGACUAUCUGCUACCAAGUCGUGCCUGGAGGAUGACGUAGCCACUUGUACAGCAUGCAAGGUGACAAUCCAUCAACACAGCGGCGCGGGAACUCGUCUCAGCACAGCGUGUCCUUUCUGCGGACAACCUUACAGUCCUUCACGCCCUCUGUUGGAUCCGGGACAUGUGGCCGCCGGAGUCGGAGCAGGCAGGGUGCGUUCUCAUCGGUCCACCAGCGAUCCACUCGUCUCUAAUUUCCGGUUGCCGCCAAUCGAGAACGAGGAGGCGUUGGGCUGCAGACGACUGAGCAGUAUCAUGGUCAGUAGAUUGGACACCAUGGACAUCUCGGAGCUUUUACUCAGACCCGGUUCUGAGACCGCGCUGCCGCCCAUUCGUAAGGAGAAGGUAAUAUUUGCUUUAAAAAUAAUAACUAGUACAAAAUCGUCAACCCCAGAAUCCGGUCUGCGGUCAGCCCUCAGCAUGGAGACCCUGGUCAGCGACCUGGAGGUAUUGCCACGGUACCCUACACGCCACAAGACUAGACAAGACUUUCUCCAGGACGUGAGACGGGCUCACCACUCCGAGAACUACAUCGGCAUCCAGAGAUUCUACAUGCGAUGCUUCGACACAUUCGCGGAGAUAUGCGCCCUCUUCAAGACCAACAAGGAUGAAGCUGGAGCCAGGCUAGAAGAUCCUGGUCUCAAGAUGGAGUUCAUUUAUGCUGUUCACGACGCCAUUCGUACAUUUCCAUCAAUCGUCCACAAGACUGUUCUGAAAUCAAUCAUCAACGCCCUACUAGAGGAAAACAGAAUUCUUCACCCGAAGGAUGAUGUCAGAGCAUUGUUCAUACUGGUACAGAACCCUGUGUUCGCCGCCCAAUCCUCCUACUCAAUCUUCGCCCAUCUGCUGCGGCUCAUUGUCGAUCUCCCCACCGCCGACCAUCAGCUAUUCGUCCACUGGUUCAAAAUCCUAGAAGUGGACAAACUCCGUCUAAUAGUUCGCCACAUUAUCCAGUUCGUUACGAUCCGCCAGUUCCCUCCAUCGGACAAGUCUCUACCGCCCAUGUCCAAGAGUCGCUGGUGGAUACCAACAGGGACCAAGGUGUUAGCUCUCGUUAAUGCUGCCAACAACGGCAGCAGCCCCCCACUUCUGGACUACACAGAAUUCUACAACUCUGCCCUGGACCAUGUAGAUCUCAUGCAAGACUACUUCAACUGGCAGAGUCACAGUGGACAGUUUGCCUACUGCCAGUACCCCUUCAUCCUAAGUAUUGUAGCCAAGAGAAUCAUUCUCACCAAGGACUCGGAACAGCAGAUGAUUCUAACAGCUCGGCGCUCUCUUGUCGCCAAAGUGGCUCGCCACCAGGCUCCCCAGAUUGACAUCUUCUUCCUCAACAUUCUGGUCCGCAGGUCCCACCUAGUCUGUGAUUCACUGAACGAGAUAGCAAGUAAGCAGAAAGAUCUGAAGAAGAAAUUGAAGGUGUCAUUUGUCGGAGAGCCAGGACUAGACAUGGGAGGAUUGACAAAAGAAUGGUUUCUGCUGUUGAUUCGGCAGAUCUUCCAUCCAGAUUAUGGAAUGUUCGUGUACCAUCCUCACUCUCGGAGCUACUGGUUCAGCACAGACCAGGAGGGAAACCUACGAGAAUACAACCUCAUUGGGGUUCUCAUGGGGUUGGCAGUCUACAAUUCCAUCAUCCUGGACCUCCACUUCCCCUCUAUAUGCUACCGCAAACUUCUAUCUCCCCCAGUGGUGCCUCCCGUAGACACCAGCAAUGUCGGGAUCGUGCCAAUGCCUACAGUUGAUGACUUGGCAGAGAUUAUGCCGGACGUUGCAAGAGGCUUAAAAGAGUUACUGGCAUAUGAAGGAAAUGUAGAAGAAGAUAUGUGUAUAAGUUUUCAGGUGAGUCUGGAAGAGUAUGGAGAGGUGAAGACAUUCAUGUUGAAGCCUGACGGGGACGACAUCCCAGUUACCAAUGAGAACAGAGCCGAGUAUGUGGCACUGUACUUGGAUUGGGUUCUCAACACCGCCAUCUACGACCAAUUCCGGGCUUUCUAUCUUGGAUUUCACAGUGUUUGCGCCUCCAAUGCACUCAUCAUGCUACGUCCUGAAGAAGUGGAAAUGCUUGUGUGUGGAUCACCUGCAUUAGACCUAAAUGAGCUGCGUAAAGUUACAGAGUAUGAUGGUUACAAAGCUGAUGAACCAAUCAUAAUGGACUUCUGGGAGAUCUUAGAAGCUCUAACUCCAGAGCUAAAGAAGAAGUUCCUGCUGUUUACGACGGGCAGUGACCGUGUACCAGUAGGGGGCAUGGGAGAGAUGACUUUUAAGAUAACACGGAUAACAAAUAAACCAGACAACUUGCCAGAGGCACACACAUGUUUCAACCAGCUUGUGCUCCCACAGUAUGAAUGUGCAGAGAUUUUGCAAGAGAAACUCAUCAUCGCUAUUUCUAAUGCUGAGGGUUUUGGCCUGGAAUAAACUGAAAGUGAGAUAUAUUUUCUGUGUUUAAAUUGUUUGCAAAACAUAUAUUACGGCGUCCAUUCAAAAAGUUUCAGACUGGGAUUAUUAAAAAGAACUGCUUAACUUAUGGCUUUGAGACUUGCCAGUUGCCUUCUAUACUAAUUACUACACCCAGCACAGACUUGCAUUGCUCACAGAGCAGUAUUGCAGUCACUUAUAUGGAACUGUAAAUGUUGUUCAGACUAUUUUUUUUUAAUAUCCGAAUCUUUGAUGCUUUUGUAGCUUGAUCUAUGAAUAUAAUCUAAAUUUCACUGUAGUAUUUCACAGCUGUUUUCCCCCACUUAUAAUGUACUUUUUCAACAAUCUCAUAACUUUUAAUAGCCUUUUUUCCACAGUUUAUCACUGUCAGCACUUUCACAAUCUCCUCAGAAAUGUUUAAACCAUUCGUGAAUCUACUUACAACAUACAUAUAUUUAGUACCAAAAUCUCAUAUAUGUUUACUUGAGUCUCCUUACAUUUUCAUGCAUUUAACAAAAUUAAAUACAUAUAGAUGCUUCAUUCUUUUAGCGUAUCAAAAUGCAAUUAAGAUAUUAUGGCGAAGUUUUCAUGGAAAUAAUUAAAUCAAUACAGAUUCACCAACUUUGCAAUAAGUCAGAUAAAGUGCAAAUCUGACAUGCUUCAUGUUGCUAUGAUCACCAUGAACAUAAUGGUCUGGAUACUUUUUGAAUAGACCUUGUACACAUAAAAUAUGUACAACAUUAAAUUUUAUUCUUAUAUUAGUUUUUUUUUAUGUAGAGUAUUAAAUGAAUGUAUAAUAAAUAGUUUUCGAUAACAUAGCAUUGACUAAGUGGUUGAAGUGCCUUUAAGUUAUACAAAUAAUACAGUACAUGUGUUAGCUAUUUUUCAAUUCAUAUUUAAUUGAAUAUAAUUAUUAUACCUUAUAAAUACCUGUAAUGUUUUUUCAAUGAAAAUGUUCAGAGUGAACAUAGUUCCAACAUCUAAAAUGCAGCUGGAUAAUAUUCAAUGAGUAUUAUAAAACCAUUGUUGCGUGACGAACCAUCAGGUCACUCUGUCCAUAAAGAUAUCACGCCAUCGUGAACAUAUAAAAAAUCAAUACAAUAGAUAAAACUAAAAUGUAUAUGAAAAGCUAAAUUUGUUAUUUAAUUUAGUGAAUUAUUAAAUAAACGUAUAAAGGGUCAUCCCUUUUAUUGUAAAGAACCAGCUAGUUCUAAUGUUAACACACUAAGGAUCACCUGAUCUUCUAGCCACCUUCUUUAUGUAAAAACUAGCAGUUACCCGCGGCUUCGCACACAAUUUUCUGUUGAAAAACUGGACAAUAUAUCUAUGUAUUCUUUUUCUAUGACAUAAUAAACAGUCUAGAGAUAAUCGAUAGU